AUGCUUUUCCAGGUCCUCAACUGUUUAGGUGACAUCUCCCGCUCAAUCGCGCGGGUGGGGGACAUUAAGAAGGUGGACACGAAGGCUGUCCAGCUGGACACAAAGCUUGGGCAGCUGGACACAAAGCUUGGGCAGCUGGACACAAAGCUUGGGCAGCUGGACACAAAGCUUGGGCAGCUGGACACGAAGCUUGGACACGUGGACACCCUCGUCCAGGCCAGGCUCGAGGCCGCACUCAGCAAGUCGGAGUGCCAUGUCGCAACGGUGGCGUGCGUGGCGGUGCUCGGCGCCUGGCUGGCUCGGAAGCCGGGCGCCGGGCGCGGUGCCGGCUAA